AUGAAUGGCAAAUCUUCAUCGCAAUGGCUGCGGCGUCUUCGUAACAACGUAUCUGCUCCCAAGCGCAAGCCCAGUAUCGAGAAAAAGCUGCAUGAUGAGAUCAUGAAGAGCUUCCUUGGACAGACAGAGACGGAACAAGAGCCACAAGAACCUGUAGCAAAAUCGGCCUCUGCUACCAGUCCCAGUCAUGUUGAAACCCAGAUACGUAAUACCAUCCGAUACGUCACGCAAUUGAUGGUCCGGUUGAAUGAGAAGAAGGCAAUUUUCAACGUUGUCGAUACAUAUCAGAAGAAUGGACAAGAUUCUGUGCAACACUUGAAGCAGCAGUGCCUGCAAGAUAUCGACGGAUCGUCCAACACGUCACGGUAA